AUGGGAAAAACUCCUUGCUGCGAUAAGACUAAACUGAAAAAGGGACUUUGGUCUGCAGAAGAAGAUGCAACCCUCAGGAAUUACAUUAAAAAAUAUGGCACUGGUGGCAACUGGACAACCUUUCCUCACAAAGCUGGUCUUAACCGUUGUGGCAAGAGCUGUCGUCUCCGAUGGUCUGUCAUAUCAUCUCAUCUACCCGGAAGAACCGACAAUGAUGUGAAAAACCACUGGAACAGCAAGUUAAAGAAGAAGCCAAUGGCAGCUGCAUAUGGUUAUCACCCCGCAAAAAAUAUCGACGCCACCACUGCGGUCGCCAAUGCUACCACCACCACCAUGACAACGAUCACCGACCUCUUGACUUCAACCACCAACACUUUGGUUCCCACAUUUUCAGCUCAAGAGACAUCUCCUAUAAUGCCAUGUUUAACUGACAGUAGGAGAUACCCAAGUUUUUCUUCAUCAUCCAGACAAGAUUCGGCCAUUUCGGGAACAUUUGCUCGGCUUGGAGAAAAUUUCAUGUUUGGCAAUGGCAGUUUCAGUAAGGGGAUUCCAAUGGAUGAUAUUGGCAAUGGAUAUUCUUAUGAAAUUCUGAGUGAAAUUUGGUCCCAAGAGGCAACCAUUGAAGGCGUCCCUAAUUUGAAUUGA